AUGCGAUUUUGUAUUGAUUAUCGUCGAUUAAAUGCUAUUACACUUAAAGAUGCAUUUCCACUUCCUCGAAUAGAUGAAAUAUUUGACCAAUUAUCUGAUGCAAUAUAUUAUACAAAAUUUGAUUUUAAAUCUGGUUAUUUCCAGGUACCUCUAUCUAAAGAGGACCGACCUAAAACUGCAUUUUCAACUCGUGACAAUCAUUAUCAAUUUACUGUUCUUCCUCAAGGAAUCACUAACGGGCCCGCAACUUUUCAACGUGUAAUUAAUCACAUACUAGGACCCGCAAGAUGGAAAUAUGCAUUAGCUUAUAUCGAUGAUGUAAUUAUCUAUUCCAAAACAUUUGAAGAACAUUUAUCACAUCUUAAUGAAAUAUGUACAAUAUUAAAAAAUGCUCGAUUCCGUCUUAAUCCAGAUAAAUGUGAAAUUUCUCGAACUCAAACAGAUUACCUUGGGCAUAAUAUUAAAAAUGGUGAAAUUCGUCCAAGUCCUCAUAAUAUUAAUGGUUUAUUAAAUACGAGAUUUCCACAAACUGCAGAUGAAACUUGCAAAUUCGUGAAAGCAGCUAAAUAUUAUAGAAACGUUCCAAAUUUUUCUCAAAUCGCCGAACCACUUAGAAAAUUUAUCCCGACUACAAGAACUCAAAAAAAGAAAGGACAAAAAACUAUUAUUACAUUAACAAAUGAAGAAGUUAAAGCAUUCGAACAACUUAAAAACUUUCUUACAACUGAUCUAGUGUUACGACUUCCAAAUAAUAGAUUCCCAUUUAAAGUACAAACUGAUGCAUCGGAUGAGGAAAUCGGUGCUGUAUUAUUUCAAAUUUAUCUAGAUGGUGAUAGACCUAUUGCAUAUCUUUCGAAGAAAUUUACACAAGCACAACGCAAAUGGUCUCCUAUGGAACAAGAAUGUUAUGCAUUUAUAUGUGCAUUAGAUAAAUGGCAUAAUUAUUUAAGUGGAAUUAAAUUUACAUGGGAAACUGAUCACAAAGCAUUAACACAAUUAAAUCAAAAAGCUCAAAUUAAUAAACGAUGCGAAAGAUGGCGAUUAAAAAUUUNAUGA